AUGACCCGAGGGAAUACAAGGCAGUCCAAGGUUUACUAUAAGGGCCGGACCGAAGACUUCGUUAUUUUCGUUGGGGACAUUACCGCGGCGCAGAACUGGAAGAAAGAUCAUACACUCCCACUUGCGCAGGUGAUGGAUGGGUGGAAGAUAUUUACUUCACAUCAACAUGGACCUCAAGGGAUACAUAAUGAAGCCAGCAGGGAUACUCUUGAGCACGAGUUCGGAACAUCCAAUGACCGAGAGGUCAUAUUUCACAUUUUGGAGAAAGGAGAAAUCCAGGAGAGUGUCAAUUCUGAGCGACAAGGAAUCAAAAACGAAUGCCAGGGACCACGAGGUAUUCAUUAA